CAUUUACUUGUUUUAAAAGUGCCUUUAGCGCUAGCUCACUAGCUCCUGUCGGCGUGUCUCUGUUAUCUUGUUUUUUUUUUUCUUAACUGUAAACGUGCCCGUGAUUUAAAAAAAAAAAAAAAAAAAAAAAAAAAAUCUUUACUGAAUAAUAACGGGGCAAGACCCGGCACGGGGUUUCCUGUGCUCCACAUGACAAUGUAUACAUAACCGCAAACAUCCGCGAGCUUGGCCCCGUGUUUGAAAGUAAAAUAAUGAGAGUCAGCGAGCACGAUACUGACACGCAGAUAUCCACUGAAAAUUGCGUGUGGUCAGUUGGCUCAAAGUCGCUGACCCGUCCUUCCCAAGUGCUGCUCACAACGUUUUACAGAAAUAUGCCCCCCCUCCACACUCCGCAGUGUCUAAGGAUUGGUUGUGCUGUGGGAGCUGUUACCUGCCAUGGUUAAAGUUUACCUGUCACUGGAGAUAAAGGGCUGUUCACGUUUACGUGUGAUAAACCAUCGGACGUGGGAUUGCACCUGCUACAUUCAUAGGACACAAGGCUAAGCAAUUGAUUUUACAGUCAUGAAAAUCGUGUGCCAUCCCUACAGUGACUUGGGGAUUCAGCGCUAAGGAAAAAAGAAACUGGGAUGGCCCAACAACUUACUACCAUACUUGAUAUUAUUUACUUUUCACCUUUCAUUUAAUGUAUUGCGUUCAUUUAGAGCAGUGGUUCCCAAACUUUUUUUGCUAGGCCCCCCUUUGUUUUACAGGAAAAGUGUUCGUGUAGACGAGGAAUACAGAGUUCCUCACGCCAUGUCAAAGCAUGUACAUUCUGCCUCAGCCACAAACGCAAGCAGUCUACUGAACCACUGAGAAGUCAUCCUUCAAGGACAUACACGCUUCAUGAGUGGACGAUCUCCAUUUUGUCAGAGGUAUUGGAAGAUCCCUCAACUUAAAUUCAGCUGAUCGGUUGAACGAGAUGGAGGCAAAGCUUCGUGUAAUUAUUGAUGACCAAAUCGAGAAGUUGGUUCUUCCAUCAGGGAUCCCACCAACAGUGGAGGAGCUCCAGAGUGUUGUGAAGGAUACCUUUGAGAUUUCAAACAACUUCAGUCUUCAGUAUUUUGACCCAGAAUUUCAGGACUACUUUACUCUUCACAGAACUGACCAGAUAAAAGACAAAGACACUGUGAAGGUUGUUGGCAUCACCCCGGUCAUCCUAAGCUUGACUCCGGUUGAUGACAGUUUUGGCAGCCCCUCUGGCCAACUGUCUGACUAUGACUCCUCAUAUGCUGAGUCAGUUGUAUCCAGUGCAGACUCUGCUGCAACCACUUCUUCUCAGGACACCAUUAUUCUCAAAAGGCAGAAGACCACAGAACGUUGUGAGCCCUGGCCGAAGCAGUUUCCCAUUCCACAGUUUGCAUACGAAACUGAGAUGUACCUGGAAAGAGCCACUGAGGAGUAUAAAAAGAAUGGAAAUCUUCUGCCCACCUCCAAAGUAAAGACUGACAUUCUUGAGAAGUUGGCUGAAACUAUAUUUACAUUUACAGCCUAUCCUUCAAGUGCACAGGUUAGUUAUGUUGCUGAGGCACUUGUGACAAAAUACCCUUGUCUCAAGGAACCUGGCUCUUUCUCAGGUUAUUAUGGUUGGCAACAAAGCAUCAAAUACAAGAUGGCCAAUUAUCGUACAAAACUUAGAGGGUUUGGUGUUCCUGAGUUGACAUGCAAUGCCAUGAAACACAAGAGUCCAGGUGACCAGAAGUCUGCAAAUAAAGUGAAAAAGCCUCGGAAAGCAGAGGUAAAUUACCUUCCGCCAUAUCCAGCAGGUGAAGAUGAGGACAGUCAAGAAGAAGAGCGAAUUCAGUUGCUUACUGAAGUCAAGAAAAGAGACAACAACAAAGUGAUAAAAGAAAAAAUGGCUAAAACAUUUGCACAUAGACGACAUGAAAUUGUCAACCUGUCCCCCAGCAUUGAGGACAUCAAAGCCAGAUGGCCAGCUUUGUUUGAGGCAUCUCAUCUGCAGGAUGAGUUCUACAGGAUCACCCUGGUACACCUUGAACCCAAAUUCAUGUCCAUGCUGGAUGAGUACACUCCCAAACUGUUGGCCCUUUUCCAUUCCAAGGGGGGAGCCAUGGGAUUGAAGUUGCAGGCUAUCAUAGCCAAGUCACCAAGCAAUCCUAGCAAUAACAUAACCAGAAAUCUGGUUAUUCAGUGCUUGAUGGUGUACCUUGGGGAGUCCAUUGAUCAACUGAUCAAAGAGUACAGUGAUGCUGAUGAGGAUGGUGUGUCACAAGAUCUUUCUGAACAGAGUAUGAAAAUCUACAAAAUCAAGGCUGUUGGAUCUGAGGAGGGUGACAUUGGCAUUGUGCUGGAGGGUGUGAGAGUUAUGCCUGCUCUGGGUAAUUUUCCAAGAGCAUACGCAAUGCUGGUUGGAUUGACAUAUGCAGUCGACCUUGCCUAUCCCAAAGAGCUAAAAUACACCUUGGAAGUAUUCCAGAAACUUUUCCUUGAACUGGAUUGUGCUAGGCUCUCACCAAAAGUGAACAGCCUCAAGAAUAAGUUAUUGGCUUAAACAAGGACUCUGAAAGUAAGCUCACCGUAAACUUUUGGUUUGUCUUUGUUAGAUGCAGCUAUCUUUUCAGACCUGCAAUGUGUCAGGCUGUAUUUGUGCUCUUUAUUUUAAUGUUUGUUUUUUUAUUACCUACAAGUUUCUUAGGAAUGUUCUGUUUGAAAGGCAACAAAUUGGAGGAAUCACUAGUGAAGCUUUUCUUUAUUUAUUCUUUAUUUAGUGUAUGUUACUAUAAAACAUUAGUUUAAAACAACUUUAAAAUUUAACAGAAUUGCAGUCCUGUAACUGUAGAAAUGCUACUUCCUCUUACAUGUGUCUUAGAUUUUCUCAGGUUAAACAUCCAAAUUGGGAUAAAAGGUUGAUUUACAUUAUUGAUAUACCAUGUACAUGAGUGAUAAACCUUUGUUCUACAGUUAUAUUGAGUGAUUCAAUUUUUUUUAAAGUUUUUGUUAGUCAAUCAUAAAUAAGUAACAGAUAAAGGAAACAGAGUAAAGAAUAUUCAUAUUUCAGGUUCAUGUUGACAUUACAGUCUAAUCUAACGAUUCAUUUCUUUUUUACAAAACUGGUUAACAUUCAUGUAGUUUCUUUAUGUUGCUGUUGCUCUGUACACAGAGCUGUGUGAUAAACUGUUUAUCACACUAAAACAAAUUUACAGCAGGGGAAUGUAUUUAGGAGAUCAGGAGAUUGUUGAUAAGAAUUCAGUGUAUAGAAGCAGAAAAAUGUUAUAUUAUAAAUU